AUGCUGGGCAUUGAAGCAGCCCGUGCUGCUAUCAUGAGGGAGUUGCAUGGGGUCGUCGAAUUUGACGGUUCCUACGUCAACUAUCGCCAUCUUGCUCUCCUUUGUGAUCUCAUGAUUCAGACACACCGAGGCUCUUUGAUGGCAAUUACCCGCCACGGCAUCAAUUGUGCUGACACUGGGGCACUCAUGCGCUGUUCAUUCGAGGAGACGGUGGAUAUCCUGAAGGAUGAUUGUCAUGGCGGCAUCGCCAAGAACAUCAUGUUCGGCCAGCUAGGGCCAAUGGGCACUGGUGCCUUUGAUGUAGCUCUCGACAUGCUGAAGGACACUAUCGUCAAUCAUCGCCUGCCAGUUCAAAACAUGCUAGCAGUACAGGCAGAUGGUGGCAUGACACCAUACGGCACCAAUCCUCCUCCGUGGUCAGAAGGAAAUUUCAAGGGAGAAUCAGCCACCUUUUCUCCUCUUGCUGUCAACAGCGGUGAGGAUCCCACAAACUUCUCCUUCCUUGGGUAUGGGCAGAGUCCUCUUGGUGCCGGAGGCAUGUCGCCUGCAGGACCUGGGUACAGCCCCAGUUCUCCCAAUACAUACUCUCCGACAUCGCCAUAUGUUCCACAAUCACUGUUUGGUGGCGCUACAUCACCUUUUGGCACAUCCCCAAGGAUUCGUUACAGCCAGUAG